GCUGACCCCAAUGCGCCUCGUAAGCGCAGAAGUCGCUUUGGGGAAGCAAAAGUUGCAGAGGUCCCAGGAUUGCCCACUGCGGUUUCCUCCGCGGGUGUCUCGCUCAGAGAUCUCGAUAACUAUGCUAUCACCAUGCGUCUUGAAGAGAUUAACCGCAAGCUUCGCCUAAAUGAUGUUGUGCCGCCCGAGCGAGAGAGAUCUCCUUCCCCUCCCCCUACAUAUGACUCACACGGCCGCCGCACCAACACUCGCGAUAUCCGUUACCGCAAAAAGCUUGAAGAAGAACGAGUCAGACUAGUCGAGAAAGCGAUGAAGAAUGAUCCUAAUUUUCAACCUCCUGCUGAAUAUCACCAACAGAAACGGUCUCACCGUCCACAAGACAAGGUCUACAUUCCCGUCAAAGAGUUCCCGGAGAUCAAUUUCUUUGGCUUGCUAGUCGGACCUCGUGGAAACAGUUUGAAGAAGAUGGAGCGCGAAAGUGGUGCUAAAAUCAGUAUCAGAGGCAAGGGCAGUGUGAAAGAAGGGAAGGGUCGCCCGGAGGCAUAUGCAGAUGAUGCCGAGGAGGAUCUCCACUGCUUGGUCAUGGCUGAAACUGAGGACAAAGUUGAGGCUUGUGUCUCAAUGAUUAACAAAGUUAUCGAAACAGCUGCUUCGACACCCGAAGGCCAGAACGACCAUAAGCGCAAUCAACUUCGAGAACUCGCUGCUCUCAAUGGCACAUUACGUGACGACGAGAACCAAAUCUGUCAAAAUUGUGGCAACCGGGGUCAUCGCAAGUACGACUGCCCUGAACAAAAGAAUUAUUCUGCCAACAUCAUCUGCCGCAUUUGUGGUUCGGCAGGCCAUAUGGCCCGUGAUUGCACUUCUGGCAAGGGAGAUCCCAAUGGAUUCAUCAGUCCUACUGGGGCAGGAAUGGGAACGCCAGGGGCCGGGCCAGGCGGCGGCUUCGACUCGGAGUACGCCAAGCUGAUGGCCGAACUCGGUGAAGGCAGUGCUGGUGUUGGAGGUGGACAAGGUGGUGGGGCGUCGGGGCUUAUUGGUAGUGGCUCUAAGGUUCCGCCAUGGCGCCUCCCAGAAAUGUGGAUCCAAAACAACCCACGCCCUUCACAGGGCUUCACGCCUGGAUUCAGUCCAGGAGGAUACUAUCCUCAACAAGCAUAUGGAGGGUACACGGGUGGAUAUCAAGCGUCUUAUUCGCAACCCGGGUUUGACCAACAAGCCGCUUACGCUCAGUACUACCAGAGCCUCCAACAACAGCAGUAACUUGUUCUCCUCUAAUAUAUAUUCCCAGUGGGCUCCUCCUUAACAAAUCCUCCAGUUUUAGCACCCGCGUUCUACUCAACAUCGCAUAUCGGUAAAACGGCUUCCAUUCCACGGCCAAGUCAUUCAUGUUGCGAUCGCUGACACAAUUACUGACCGACCAGCUGUUGCUGACGUGCUUUGUGGUUCACCCUUAACACAUCCUUUCUCAUACGCUUUCCUUCGGGUCCAAUGGGCGCUUGCCCUC